GUAGAACAUCAAUUAAUAUAAAUAUGAUCAUACUCAAAUGAAUAAUUAAAUAAAUUAAAAUCAAUAUUAUAAAAUUCAAAAUACAGAGGAUACAAUAGGUGUAGAUUAAACUCCAUCAAAUAAUAAUUAUACAAAAAGUACAAAUUCUAAAGAAGAAAUGUCAUAAUCAACAGCUAGAAACAAUUAAAGUAGAAGAGCAAUAAAUGAUUAUGAAUUCAUUGAGAUUCCAGGUAAAAAAUCUAUUUUAGGUUAAGGAGCAUAUGGUACAGUUAGGCUUGCAAUAGAUAAAAAUAAUAAUUAUAAAUAUGCUAUAAAGAUUAUGCAAAAACAAAUGAUUUUUUAAUAUUGUACAAUUGAAAAUUUAAAAAGAGAAAUAAAAAUUUAAAAAAAUAUGAGCCAUGAAAACAUUUGCAAACUUUUUCAUUAUUUCGAAGACAAAUAAAACGUUUAUUUAGUUUUAGAAUUUUGUGAAUAAGGAAGUUUAUUUAAUAUUUUAAAAAGAUCCCAUAAAUUCCCAGAAGAAGUCGCUUUUCGCUUCUUUUAUUAAACAUGUCUAGGAAUAGACCAUUUACACAGAAACAGUAUCAUUCAUAGGGAUUUAAAACCGGAAAACCUGCUAGUAGAUUCCAAAGGAGACAUUAAAUUAUGUGAUUUUGGAUGGAGUGCGGAAUAAAGAAAUAGUGUAAUAAGAAAUACUUUCUGUGGUACAGUUGAUUAUAUGGCCCCGGAAAUGAUAGAAAAUGUCCCACAUGAUCAUAGAAUAGAUAUUUGGUGUUUGGGUAUUUUAUUAUACGAGUUGAUUCAUGGAUAUGCACCUUUUAGUGGGGAUACAGAUAAUGCUAAGCUUAAUAAUAUUAAAAAUAAUCAAUAAAUAAAGUUUAGUAGUCAUGUAGGAAAAGAUUUAGAAGAUUUAAUUUGUUAGAUUUUGAAAAGAAAUCCUUUAUAAAGACUUUCGAUGAAAUAAAUAUUUUAUCAUUAGUGGAUGCAAAAAUUUUAUAAUAAAAUUGGUAUUAAUAUUAAUGAGAUUAUGAUUACAUAAGGGUAAAAUACUCUUUAUUCGUCGAAAUAGGAUAAAGAUUUGAAUAAAACAUAGGAUUAUAAUAAAUAUAUUAAAAGAAGAGAAUCAUAAAAUAAUGAUUAUCUAAAUAGUUCUUAUAACCAUAAUAUAUAUAAUUUUAAUGCGUCGAAUUCUUAAUAAUAAGGGAAGUAAUAUUACAGAUUUGAUGCAGAUAAAAUAAAAUAUAAUGAGUAAGAUGAAUAAUAAGAUUAGAAUUUAAGAAAGUCACAAAUUAGUAAUGAUUUGAUGUAAUUGAAAAAUAAUAAAAAUUUGAAUAUAAAAAAAGAUGAAGAGUCAUUUUUUGAUAGGAUUUUUAUUGCUUUCGGAUGUGUAAGUAGGGAUAAAAAUAAAAAAAUUGAUAUAAUUUAAUAUUUAUUAUUAAUUUUAUAUUGA